GAGCGCUCUUUGGUUUGAUGGUAUGAGUUUGUUUCCGGAUGUUUAGCUUAGUAUCGGACAAGAAUGGCUGCGAUGUUUACGUGUUGUCUAGGCUGCUGCGGAGAUGGCGGAUCCGGGCAUAUUCCCCUCAAAGAAAUGCCCACGGUUCAGUUAGAUACCCACCACAUGGGCACAGAUGUGGUCAUUGUAAAGAGUGGUAGGAGGAUAUGUGGCACUGGAGGCUGUCUGGCCAAUGCUCCUCUGCACCAGAACAAAAGUUACUUUGAGUUUAAGAUCCAGUCCACCGGUGUGUGGGGAAUAGGUGUGGCCACGCAGAAAGUGAAUCUUAAUCAAGUGCCUUUGGGCAGAGACACAAACAGCCUAGUCCUGAGGCAUGAUGGGUCUGUGUACCACAAUAAUGAAGAAAAGAAUCGUCUACCUGCAAACAGCCUUCCCCAGGAAGGUGACAUUGUUGGCAUCACAUAUGACCAUGUGGAGCUGAAUUUAUACCUGAAUGGAAAGAACAUGCAUUGUCCUGCCUCAGGAAUCCGAGGCACUGUAUACCCGGUUGUUUAUGUGGAUGACAGUGCCAUCUUAGACUGCCAGUUUAGUGACUUCUAUCACACACCUCCACAAGGAUUUGAGAAGAUCCUCUUUGAACAACAAAUCUUCUAAAGGAGCACUUCAGCCUUAGCCCCUCUUUACAUUGUUGUCCUCCUCUAUAUCUCAUAGCAACCUCUGUGGCACUACAGUUUGGCCUUGAUUGAAUGUUAUCUCAAUGUGUGGCUUGAAUGCCUGUUUUGUUUCCCUUGAUUACUCUGUCUUGCUACUGCUGCUCUGGAUUGAUGUUGGAGUAUCCUUCAAGAAGUGGGGAUUUCUGAUCAUUGUUCGGCCGUGAUGGGCUGCUACAGUCUAUGCUGAUGGGAAACUCAAAUCAUUACCUUGUGUCAGUAGUAAUCACCCUGUAUUAACUGAAACACUUUAAGUUGCUGUCAACAUCCUCAGUCUGUGAGUAGAUGCCAGGAUCAGAAGCCAUGUCUGAUUGACAGUGCUUUAUAGUCAUGUUUUUUCAUAUGUAAUCUACUAAAUGCUAAACUGUUAUCUGGCUCUAUAUUUAUUUGUAUUUAUUUGAAUCACAGAUCACAGUGAUAUGUUAAUUUAGUUUGACAAAAGAUGCAAUUUCUGGGCCAUCAAGAGUUUGUGGACUAAUUAAGGAUCAGCUUUCAGGACUGACAUAUCAUUCAACAAUAUCCCAAUUAUGUUUAUGUUGCCUUCUUUAUGUAAAAAUAUAAUUAAAAGUGGGGAUAUCGCAGCAUUUCAUGUCACUGCUUCAAUUUGAGUUUAGACAGAGAUGGUUUAAUAUACGAACUCCAGUACACCAGUGCACAUUCCAAGGAACAGACAGUGGCUGAAGUUGACUUUUCACUGAGGUAUGCUGAGGUGAUGGUGCUGGAAAAUGUUUCAUGAAGUGAAAUGUUUCUUAAAUUCUGUGAGACUAAUAUGUAUUAAGCCUGAUUCCUAUCAACUCACUUCUAUGAAUAGCCAUUUAGUUUUCCCACACUUUUCUUGUCAUGAAAUCUUUUUAUGGAGUAUUUAUUCUAAAUAUCAGAAUAUUACCAGAGCUGGUGCUGGUUGUCUCUGAUUAGAGAUAUAUGGCUAAAAAUGUCAAUCUGUUGUGUUGUAUUGGCAUUGCAUAUCUGCUGCUGAAGUGUGACCGCUAAAUAUUUCAGAUGCUCGUCUUCGUUUGCACUAAUGAUGUUAUUGUACAAGCAAAUCCAAAUAUUGUUGAUUCAUUAAACUUUUGUGUCUGGAGGCAUC